AUGGGGCUCUUAACUUGAGGUUCUGCAGGUAUUCCAAAGGUUUGCUGAAUGCACUAAUCUCGAUCGGGAUAGCGCAACCACUGAAUUUCUAGGACAACACACACAGACUGUUUCCGCAAUACCACAUCACCUAACAUUCCGCAAUGCUGGAAGUCGCCUGCUUCGACAUCUCAUCCGCCAUAGUAGCUGCGGAAGCAGGGGCCGACCGAAUCGAGCUUUGUGCGGACUACGUUGCCGGAGGUGUCACGCCUUCCCCCGAUUGUGUCCAGAGCAUACGCAAGGAGACCACGAAACCUAUCAAUGUCAUGAUACGGCCCAGGCCGGGCAACUUUACGUAUUCAGAAAUCGAGUACGAGCAGAUGAAGGCGGAUGUCCAUCUCUUCAAGCCGGAAGCUAGCGGGUUCGUCUUCGGUAUCUUGGAUGAGCAGAAUCGCGUGGACAAAGCUCGAAAUCGAGAGCUGAUCGAACUGGCAGCCCCCCUGCCUUGCACAUUUCACCGGGCAUUCGAUCAAGUCCUGGAUCUUUCCCAAGCCACACAACACCUUAUCGAAUGUGGCUUCACAUCGGUCUUGACGAGUGGUGGUCAGCCUGAUGCGGUUCGCGGAGCGGACAAAGUCGCCGGCCUACAUAAAGAGUAUGGGAACAGGAUUUCAUUCAUACUUGGCGGAGGCAUUCGAUCGAUGAAUAUCGACGCUCUGAGGGCGACGGCAAAUGUCGAAUGGUAUCAUUCAGCGGCCAUUACCAAACCUGGCGAAGUCGUUGACGGAGACGAAGUCAGAACGAUCCAAGCGAUACUCGCGCAUACUGCAUGAUGUCGACCGGAGCGUUUCAAAUGCAAAGAAUGCUUUCAUUACACAUCCAUCGCAUAGACGUCCACCAGACAUUAUGCUUUCACCGUAGCGAAACAGUCGAGCCACGGCGACCACAGCCUCCUGAGGGUAUCUUCCUUCCCAUAUACAAAAGAGCAAUGGUCAAGAGUCAUUCGCCGGACGCCUUUCUCCCGUGGACC